CAACAACACCGCGAUCCGGUGGAGUGUGUCGUGCGCAAGCUUAUCUUGUUUUUGUUGAAUAUUCUCGCUUUCGAAAAUGUCUGUCGCUAUUAAGAAAGGCGUGUUCAUCGUAGCAGCCAAGCGCACUCCAUUCGGGCGGCUGGGCGGCGCGUUCAAAGACAUCCAUCCGUCAGACCUGGUUGCUGUAGCGGCCAAGGACGCCAUCAAGGCUUCUGGCGUUGCGCCGAGCGCUAUCGACUCUGUUAACAUAGGCCAGGUGAAUUCGAUCAGCGGAAGUUCAGAUGGAGGCUUGUCACCUCGGCACGCGGCCCUCAAGUCAGGCGUUCCUCAGGAGACGCCGGCUCUCGGAGUCAACCGUCUCUGCGGUUCCGGAUUCCAGGCCAUCGUCAACAGUGCUCAGGACAUCAUAACAGGCGCAGCGCAAGUUUCUCUCGCUGGAGGAACUGAGAACAUGUCAGCUAUGCCGUUUGUAGUCCGCAACACCCGUUUUGGGUCGGCGCUGGGAACACCACUGCACUUCGAAGAUACCCUCACUGGCGGGUCUCUGGACACGUACUGCAACUUCACCAUGCCACAGACGGCGGAGAACUUGGCAGAGAAAUACCAGCUGAAGCGAAGCGAAGUCGAUGAAUUCGCGCUCGAGUCCCAGAGGAGGUGGAAAGCUGCGUACGACGCGGGCGCAUUCAAGGAGGAAACCGCCCCCAUAACGGUGAAGGUGAAGAGACAAGAGGUGGUGGUGGACAAGGACGAACACCCUCGGCCCGAGACCACCAUCGAGGGGCUGUGCAAGCUGCCUGUUCUGUUCAGGAAAGGAGGAGUGGUUACCGCUGGCAAUUCCUCUGGUAUAAACGACGGUGCUGGAGCGUUAAUCUUAGCAGGCGAGGAGGCACUGACGAAGAACAACUUGAAGCCACUAGCUCGUCUGCUGGGCUGGUCGUACGUAGGCGUGGACCCCAGCAUCAUGGGCAUCGGGCCCGUGCCCGCCAUCCAGAACCUGCUCAAGGUCACCAACUUGACGCUGAACGACAUUGACUUGAUCGAGAUAAACGAGGCCUUCGCGGCCCAGACACUGGCGUGCGUCAAGGAGCUCAACUUGGACCAGAGCAAGCUGAACGUCAACGGAGGCGCCAUCGCUAUGGGGCACCCGGUCGGCGCAUCAGGCGCCAGAAUCAUUGCGCAUCUGACUCAUGAGCUCAGACGGCGUGGCUUGAAACGAGCUAUCGGGUCUGCGUGCAUCGGCGGCGGACAGGGCAUCGCUCUCCUGGUGGAGUCUGUCUAAAGAUACGAAUCAUGGAGCAGUCGCAGACAUAAAGACUAACCUACCUAUUAUCUAAGUCAAUAAUUUCGUUGCUGAGCCACGGGAACACUUAAAAGCAGAUUAAAUAUUAAGAAAAUGUUGUUAUUUUGUAUUAUUGUUGACUGAUUGUUAUUGUAAAAAUAUGUAUAAAAGUAAAGAUUUAUUUUUAUAACUAA